CCUGGACAUGCACCGGAUGAUUAGCUUGUGAAUACCAGCCACCGGAAUCCCAUUGCCUCUGCACCUCGAUAGCCGAGAAGAGGGAUGCACACAUACAAUUAACCCCUGCUACCCCCCGCCAAAAUCACGAUACUUGUCAACAGUCAAUUUGAUCGGAACUGGCGACGACACACACGAUUAACGAUUGAACUCAACCGCAUCCUCUCCUCCUCCACUGCACGACCCGGUACCCUGCCAAGGUCGCGAAACGCGCGACCAGGAGUACGACAUUGAGCGCGACAACAAAACGAUUACAACAAGGCCUCUGGCCCCGUGCCAUGACAACAUUGGUCUAAAUGUCGUCACCCUACGAUUCUUCUUCGCGAAGGAGAAGUGUGUGGAGCCACUGGGUUCCCCUGGCCGUCACGCUCACCGUUGCUACAGUCGGUGUUGCGGCAUGGGCGUGGAGCCAGCGCAAGGACGAGGACGAAUCUUCCGAGCUAUACGACGAUCUGGACUAUGACAAUGCCGACUACAGCGGAAACGUUCCUCGCGACGCGACAUCGCGGGGGGGGCCGUCCCAACCUCCUCCGUCGUCGUCGAACCCCCCGGUAGGCGACGCGACGCAGGAAGGGAGCUGGGGCGCUCGCAUGUCGGGCGCUUUGCGACGCACACCUAGCCCUCAACAGCUCCUCGAGAAUGCCGGCAAGACCGUCUCGGCGAGUGUGGCCGCGGCUGGUGCGGUGGCCGGUCGCGCCCUGGCCGCUAUCCGGGAGGAGGAUAAGGCAGCCUUUGCCGAUCACGAGGCGUGGUCGGGCGAAGCCGAUGAUCGCAGGGACCGCCCUUCCGGCUCGGCGCCCCAAGAAGCUGGAAAGCGUCGCCGGACCGUGGCCAUUGUUGUCUCGGCUGAUGUCAACGUGGGCGAUUACGACGAGGACGAUUUCCUCGAACAUGCCUCCAUCCUAUCUCAUAUCCCCCGCCACAAUGACUUCUCCCAUAUCAAGCUGUUCGUCUUGAUCUACGCUCCUGGGUUGAAAGACAGCACGCUCGACCCGACGAGCAACCUCCCCCCGCCUUCGCUGAGCUCUUCCUUCUCCAACAUCGAACACAACCAGGCGCAAGCACAUCCCGACGACGCAGCCAGGAGCCCGGCGUUGACACCCUCGGCCGGCUCCACAUUGUUCAACGCCGUCCACUCGCAAGCGAUGGCCCUCGUCGAGAAGGAGACCAUGGUCCUCCCGUUCACCACGCCCAAUGGCCACGCGCACAUCCUGCGCCACCUCAAGCCCGACGUCGUGUACCUGCAAGAAUCCCUCGCCGGGGAGAACGGGAGCAUUGUGGCGAACAUGCAGACCUGGCUCAGGCACGACGUUAUCCUGGUAGUGGGUGCCGAGAGCGGCCAUGGCGGGUUGGCCGACAGUGAGUCCGAAGCUGAAAAGUCCGGCGCCGAGGAGAAGUGGUGGCAGCGGCCUGAGAGGGUUGGCCGUGGACGGGGUGUUGUGGUCGUUGACGGUAUGAGAGUUGGCGACGAUUGGGCACGCCGUGUUCAGGGGAGGGAAUAAGGAGGCGGGCGGGGGGGCGCCUCAUUCAGGUGAUAAGCGAGAGAGGGGGGCCCAUAGGAUAUUAUGCUCGGUGUAACGAGUCUCGCUUACUGGAUUAGGAUGGACCACCAGCUCGCCAGGGACUGAACAAUACCCGGAUGCUUCCAGGAGGCCAGGUCUGCAGGUUCUACAACAGUCUUCUGCCUUGAGGGUAGACAGGAAGAUACGCUGGUUUGAUAUUGUAGUUUUCAAUGACCAAUGUUUUGUUCUUAUUCUUCUUCUUGAUCUCAUAGGGGCGUCUCUCUUUGUUUCCGAGGUCCAUUCCACUAUCCCUGUUUUCAAUUCCUUUCUACCUUAUGGAGGGUCGUAGACGGGAACAAGAGCAGCUCUACUC